ACAUAUACAGAUAGAAAACCUUAUCCACAUAGAAGUCAUAAACAGCAGACAGUGAAGAACUCCGCGGCCCAAUUUCCCAUGGCAUUCUCAGCAGCUCUGUCUCAGGGCGCCUUCUCCACCACUUCAACAUUCUUACACAACCCAAAGAGGAUCCCAAUUCCAUCACCUCUUAUCAGAGCUGUAAAAUCCUCAGAACAACCAGCGAAUGAGAAGCCUGCAGAGGCCGCCAACGCCCAGAAGCCUCCAUCCGGUGCUCAACCCACACCUACAGCAGCUCCCAGGCCCAAGAAACCUGUCUACUCCAUGAAGAAAGGCCAGAUUGUGAGAGUUGACAAGGAAAAGUACCUCAACAGUGUGAAUUAUUUAUCUGUUGGACAUCCACCAUACUACAAAGGCCUGGACUAUAUAUACGAAGACCGGGGCGAGGUGUUGGACUUGCGCAUAUUUGAGACCGGCGAAUAUGCACUUAUUGCAUGGGUUGGAAUACCAACUGCACCAGCUUGGCUUCCGACAGACAUGCUUAUCAAGUCAGAUAAGCUCGACUACGAAAGAAUCUAACAGAGAGGGGUUCAAGACCUAUAACUUUGUAUUUUACAGGAGACAGAUGUCAGAGUUGUGGUGUACUUGAACUUUUAUCCAAUUAAAAAAGGAUAUCGGGUAAACUAUAUAGCCCGCAUGUUAAGUACCCAUGAACAUAUCAACAAUGGUAAUAUUUUGAAAAUAGCAUAUAGAGUUCCUACCCAAUUUACAAUA